AAGCGUUUAGUAACAGACGGAAACAACACGGUGCAGUCUGUGGUUUACAAACGUGGAUUAUGGAGAAGUUGGCAACUCAGUUUUAAGAUCAUUUCAAGACGGGAGAAAAGUGCUCAAAUCCCUCGGGAUGGUUGAAGAAUCACAGCAAGGAAAGUAAUCACACUCCUCAGUAAGGCCCUAAUGGAGAAUGACACCUCCAUCCCCUCGGGCUACGUCCCACAUUACCUUCUUCGAGGGGAUCCCUUCGCCUCCAAGCUGUCCAAGGAGGCAGACAUAGUGGCGGCGUUCUACAUCCUUAUCAUUGGUAUCUUGUCAGCCACUGGAAAUGGUUAUGUCAUAUACCAGACCGCCAAACGCAAGACCAAGUUAAAGCCGCCAGAAUUCAUGACGCUGAAUCUAGCUUUAUUCGACUUUGGCAUAUCGGUCACUGGAAAGCCGUUCUUCAUAGUGUCGAGUUUUUCGCACCGCUGGCUGUUCGGAUGGCAGGGCUGCCGCUACUAUGGCUGGGCCGGCUUUUUCUUCGGAUGCGGAAGUCUCAUUACCAUGACGAUUGUCAGCUUAGACCGAUACUUGAAAAUCUGCCAUUUAAGAUAUGGUACAUGGUUCAAACGACAUCAUGCCUUUCUCUGUCUGGUUUUCACAUGGUUCUACGCUGCCUUCUGGGCCACCAUGCCAGUGGUGGGCUGGGGAAACUACGCACCUGAGCCAUUUGGUACGUCUUGCACACUGGACUGGUGGCUGGCCCAGGCCUCUGUGUCUGGCCAGAGCUUUGUUAUGUGCAUGCUCUUCUUCUGCCUCAUCUUCCCCACUGGCGUCAUCGUCUUCUCCUAUGUCAUGAUCAUCUUCAAGGUGAAAGCCUCAGCCAAAGAAGUCUCUCAUUUUGACACACAGAAUAAGAACAAGCACAACCUGGAGAUGAAGUUGACUAAGGUGGCGAUGUUGAUCUGCGCAGGGUUUUUAAUAGCUUGGAUCCCUUACGCUGUGGUAUCAGUGGUGUCUGCUUUUGGAGAUCCUGAUUCAGUGCCUAUCCCAAUCUCUGUUGUGCCAACUUUGCUGGCCAAGUCCUCUGCCAUGUACAAUCCAAUCAUAUAUCAAGUCAUUGACUGUAAGAAGAACUGUGCCAAACCGUUCUGCUUCCAAGCUUGGAGUAAAAGGAAACAUUACAAGACUUCAAGGUUCUACUCCAUCUCUGCCUCCCUGAAAAAGAGACCAGCCAAUGAGGUUCCGACUGAGAUAUGAGCAAAUGACAGGAACCCACAAUGGACCUGUGAUAGGACAUUGGGCAAUUUGUUAUUGUGCAAUUUAGACAUCAACAAUUCACACCCACCUACUGUAACUUUGCUCUUGUAUACUACUGCCGUCAGCUUCACAAACCCAAGCAAACACAACUCCUUUUAAUUUGAUCUUUCUGUGUAUAAAAUAAUUAAGUAUGAUGUAUUUUUAUACAUAUAUAUUUUUUGGUUAUUUAUUUUAUAUUCCAGCAUUCACAGUACCAACACGUUUAAAACAACCUGCUUAAAGUCUUAUAUGACAUCACUUUUUAACAAAUAGUAGUCUGUGUUCA